AUGAACAUCGAUGCCAAAAAUAUAGCCCGCUAUGUGCAGCGCAAGCAGACCCCUUCCAUUGUCAUGUUUCCUUUGUUCUGUAACACACCCAACGGGUUACCCGAGUGUUCGGAAUCUCGUAGCCAUCUUUCUGUCCACGAAGAUGACUCCCUCAACUCUGUUAUCGUUGCUUGUAACAAUCCUCACCGCCUUGUUGAGGCUGGUGAGCGCGCAAUCAUCCUCCUCGGCUUGCAAUCCUCUAAAUGGUCAGUGAGCUUGCGUUCAAUUAACCCUUCGCUUCCACUCACUCUCCUGCUGACAACGAAUAAUGUAGGCUCAUGCCCUCCGAUCCCCGGCUUGACAACUGGCGAGUAUUUCAUGGAUUUCACCCAACAGACCUCAACUCCUUCGGAUUGGAUCCUAGCCGACUAUGCUACCGUUGGCUACGGUUCUCCGAACGGUGCUAACUUUACCUUUGCAAAACGAUACGACGCCCCGUAUAUCUGGACUCGCUUUUAUGUUCUCUUUGGACAUAUCGAGGUGGUUGUUCAAGCCGCGCCUGGCGCCGGGAUCAUCACAAGUUCCGUCAUGAUGUCAGACGAUCUAGAUGAAAUAGACUGGGAGUGGUCGGGAAAUAACUUUGCUUCAUCCAGCGGGGCCGUACAGACCAAUUACUUCGGCAAAGGCCAGAUUGGCAAUUCUGACCGCGGGUCUCAACCUUCUGUGGACGAUCCUGAAGACACAUUCCACACCUACGCCUUAGAUUGGCAACCGGACCAAUUGGUUUGGUCUAUCGACGGUGUCGCCGUCAGGACCUUGACCAACAACGGCGCAACAACUGGGUCAUACCAAUACCCUCAGACACCCUCCCGCCUGCACCUUGGCCUCUGGUGCUCGGGGGACCCAAGUACUCCCUAUGGUACUGUGUACUGGGGCGGAGGAUACACGAAUUUCAGCGCCGCUCCGUUCUCAGCGUACGUCAAAUCCGUCAAGAUCACGACCAACAACACUUGUUCAAGCUGGCAAUAUCCCAGUCCAUUUGACGGUACCUACCAGUCUGUACAAUGCACAAACCAAACGCUUGCACUACCUUGUACUUACACAGUUGCUGCUGGUGAUGACGGCUCUACGAUUGCAAAUAACUUGACAGUCAAUUUCGACACCCUUCAGGCGGCAAAUCCGGGUGUCAACUGGGAUCAAUUGUUGGUUGGUCAGGUGCUCAAUGUACCAGGCGGGACAUGUCCAACAUCAACCGCAGCCUCAAUAUCUUCGACCACGACGUUUACUUCCACGACAUCUACCGAUACUGCUGUUACUUCCACGAUGUCUUCUGCCAUUGCAUCUUCAAGUACGUCUGACAGUUCGAGCCUGAGCACUUCUACGAGUGAAUCAGCGGUCUACACAUCCGCACCUAGCUCAUCUGCAACAUCAUCGUCCACGACCUUUGGCCUGAGCACUUCAACGAGUGCCUCGUCUGUCUACACAUCCCCAUCUAGCUCAUCUGCAACAUCAUCCUCCAUGAUGAUGCCAGCAUUCCCAAGUUCAAGUUCUUCGAGCGCAACAUCUUCCUCCACCGUGCCACCAAGCUAUUCAAACACGCCUUUCUCAGCAAUUGGAGCAGCUAGCACGACAACUUCGCCGCAGCCCUCCUUGGACCCAGCGUCUGCGGUCACUGCGACGUCGACCUCCGCUUUGACCACGACAACUUCGACUGUUAGCACAAGCGUGUCUUCGACUGUUUCCACAACGACCGACGUCGGUAGCAGUACUACAACAUUGCCAGCUCCUCCUCAAGCAUCGAACACCUACACCGUCGUGGCUGGCGACUAUGGUUGGGCUAUUGCAAGCUCCUUGGGUUGCUCCUUCGAUGAUUUGAAUGCUGCGAACCCAGGGGUUGAUUGGGAUGAUUUGCAGAUUGGGCAAACCUUGAAUAUUCCUGCUGAUGCUACUGGCUCUUCGACAUCUACGACUCCGUCUAGCUUCGGCACCGUUGUUGCUUCUGGCACGACGUAUGACAGCCAGUGGACGUCAUCCCCGUCGGUGGCUGCUUCUGCCUCCACUUCCGCUGCUUCUGCGGGCUCGAGCGCUACAUCGGACUCUAGCUCUGGCCCUGGCUCUGCUUCUGCUGCUUCCGCAGCUUCAAGCGCUAUAUCUGACGCAAUGACCUCGUCCGGGCUAUCGAGCGACUCGGACUCGAAUCCAGUUACAUUGGCAUCAUCCUCAAACUCCGCGACUGCCAGCGCUGCUGCCAUUCCGACCAGCACCGUGUCAGCCGUGGUUACAUCCAGUUCGACUUCCGGAACGGUCGCUGUCGCUGAUGGCGCAACGUCCAGUGGAGAUGACGCCUCGAGCACAGAUACUUUAACUACCUCAGUCGCAGCAUAUGCUAGCCCAGCGACAUCAACCAUGAAUCAAUUCACGUCCUCUCAGCCGAGUUCCAUCUCAAAUGCCGUGAGUCCAGUCACAGCGCGACCAUCCUUGGCUAAGAUGGUUUGCAACCAAGAUAAUUGCCUCCGCAACUUGAUCGAUCCUCGUUAUUCAUCCGUUAUGCGUGGCUUCUGUGCGGGCUACACGACCACAGAAUCCAACACCGCCCCUCUACCAACCUUUUUGGGUGGCUGCUCAGCGAACGUUAACCGAGUGAGUAGCGCUUGUUCCUGUCUCAUUGCCAGCUUCGGAACGGGCACAGCAACUUCAGGGACUCCGGCAAUGACGGGACCACCAUUACGUGCAGGGAGUCCCUCUUGGAAGCAGACUCCUUCUUGGAAGUUAAAGCGGUCACCUUUGCGGUGGAAUCGACCAGCAUUGUAA